AUGGUUAACGGUAAUUACGUGUUAUAUGGGGACAGACCGUCCUCAGAUUCAGAGAUUGUGAGCGAUCACGUUCAAACACGCACGGCUGAAAGAAAAACUAAGAGAAAAGCAAACAAAGCUACAUCUGCUAAUGAAAGGCAUUCACGUAAUGUAGCUGAGCUAGACAAUGAGACAGAUGCCGUUAAAUACGAGAAGAAAAUAAAGGAACCGAGGCUUUUACGUUACGUCCCAACGACAGAUGUUGAAGAAAACUUCGUUACGGAAAAAUUCGAAACGUACGAUUUGAAGCUCGAAGAACCACCAAAACGGCAUGCUUUUACAAAGAAGCCUAAGAAUCCAGCCGAUGGGUCAGUAAACUACGCGUAUUCGCGCUCCAGUAGCAGUUGCAGCUCACCUAAUUUACCAACGAUAUCUGAGCACGGUGAACAAUAUGGUACUUAUCGGGUCAGAUCUCCACAACUUCCGAACGCUAACGAUAUUCAGGGUUAUGAUACGAAGCUCGACAAAUACUUCGCGAAGCCGCGUGAAGUGAAGACAUUUGCGGCAAAGGGUUCGCAUCCAGACAGCUUAUAUCGCGUGGCGAAUGACAGUGGCGCCGUCUCAAACCAACUGGUCCGGGCGUUACGUGUGCUGCGAUGGCCGCUCGCGCUGUUUACCGUUUGCAUCGCGCUUGCAGUUUUCGUUUAUUUCCUCAUGCCAGUUAAUAUGGACGCUGAAUCGGAUACAGUCAAUGCCACAUAUUGGGAAGAAAGUAUUUCAGAGGCGCAAUCACACAAUAACCAAAACAAACUGGCUAUCAAACCAACUUUGCAAACAGGAACGGAAAAGUCGCGACCACCAGGUUCAAAUCCUCCGGAAAUCGACUUUUACGAUUCUGACCACAACAAUUAUGACUUAUCUUCUAUAGUUGAUAUAGUAACGGAAACACUACCGAAAAGAAAACUACCCCUACCACCUGUGUUUCCUACCCACAUCGCUCCGGAAGUUCAGUAUGGAAAUGAAGAAGCAGAUUCAGAAAGCUCUCGUUCUCCCAAGUUGCUCAAAGUUACUACAACUGUACCUAGCGAUUCUACAUUAAAACCACACAUAACUCAGAAACCAGAAAAACCUCUAGCUGUUUAUUUCAAAGAUGGCAACGCAAUUACUACAACGAGUACAGAAGGUGUACUAAUAACAGAGAGCAUCACACAUGCAGAAUCAUCCAACGAUAUAGCUAAUUAUCUUAAACAACAAGCAAACAAAAAUACAAUGAAAUAUUCCAAACCAGAAAUUCAUAUUCACCAAGUAUCUCCAUCUUCUCUGCCUUUACCACAAUUUGAUACGACAAAAAUGAAGCAACUCAUCCAACCUAAGCCUGACGUUCCUCCUGAAGUGCAAGAAUAUUACAGUCGGCCUGCCGUUAACAGUGACGUCAAAUUUACCUCAGGUCAUUCAAAACUUUUCGGUAUUUCAAUAGAAGACGCAGAAAAUAUGAAGUCCACUACUCAAAAUUCACUUUAUAAUACAAGGGUGUCCCCAACUCUUCCAACAUGGCGGGACAGAGAUGACUCCACCACAAAAAAAUAUCCUAUAAAUGGUAAUUACGAUGUGCCUCAAUGUCGUUCCACUCGCCUACCUCUAUGCCGUGGAGUCCUGCCGUAUGACUUGGCGGGAGCCCCCGCCACCGUUGGCACGGUGGACGUAACAACCUUGCUACCACAGAUACAAUAUCUUGUCAGCACGAACUGCAGCCAAAGAGUCAGACACUUUGCUUGUUCACUUCUCGAGCCAGAAUGCAGUCCACCACCAUACGCCCCGAAACUGCCAUGCUAUAACUUUUGCAAAGCAAUCGUCGACAGCUGUGAUGGAAUGUUGCCAGCGGAUCUACAACCUAUGUUUGCUUGCAAUCAGUACUCUAGUAACAACUGUGCAACUGCUCGCGCUCCUUGCUUCUCUCGUGAGCUUGCAUGUGGAGACGGUUCCUGUGUGCCAAGAGACUGGAUCUGUGAUGGAACUAGAGACUGUCCUGGUGGCGAAGACGAGAUGCCUUGUUCGGCUUGCGAAAAUAACGAAUAUCGCUGCAGUUCCGGGCUGUGCAUCACUAAACGAUGGCUCUGUGAUGGGUACGCGGACUGUCCUAGUGGGGAGGAUGAGCAAGGGGACUUGUGUCGAGGAAGACUUCGAGCUGAAGGAGGCUACGAAGAGGACGUGGGGGAGCCUGGAGAAGAAUUAGCUGGUUCAGCUCCAGCACCGUCGGUUCGCAAACCAAAUAGGCUGCAUGUUCCAGGGAAUAGGAACUAUGCUAGUCCUGCAGGAGAUAUUGACAGCAGUCAGGAAUUACUCAUGACUAGCGACAGCAACAAUGGUUUAAGGCGUAACUUCACACGGCGCCCUUCGCUGUCACGUUUAACCCCAUAUAAACGUCCUAAGCCACUUGAAGUAAAACAUGAUUCAGAAGAAAAUAACGAAAACACAAGUGUUAACCCAAUGAAAAAAAUUACUACAAUUUCACAUCAAAACAGAACGGGCCAGCCUAAUUCUAAAAAUGUAAAAAAAGGUAAUUUAGACGAAUCGCCGGAAAACGUUAACUUGGAAGAUCUGGGUUUAUUUGGUGAUGUUGUUAAAGAGAAAAAUGAAGAACAGACCGAAAAAAAGGCACCGAAAAAACAACAAUUCAGACCAAUGAAUCGAGCGACUGAAUUAUCGGGAUCAACUAAGUUGGACAAAACUGUAAAUAAACUUGAAAAAGUUAUCGAUGGAGCUGCUAUGUUGAGGAAAGCGGCUCGUGAGAACCGCGAAGAAACCAUAGACUCUCCAGAAAGUAACAAUACCAUGGACAUCGCAAUCGACAUGCCUGGUGGCUAUAACAGCGCUCAUGCUUCGCCCUGUCCCAGCGGCGAGCUCCGCUGUGUGGACGGUCGGUGUAUCACUUUCGCUCAGCUAUGUGACGGUACCAUCGACUGUUCUGACCACGCUGAUGAAGACAACUGCUACACGUGAUUAUAUUAAAGUUAAUUUUAUAUAAAGAUUUGUAUAUAAAGAUUUUAAGACAUGACAAGGACCAAACAUGCUAUAAGGGGCCAACCCUAAACUUUUAAAAUAUUUCUGGCUGGCAGUAGUGAAGUCGUCAGGAAAAUGCAAGGCGUUACGAAAAUUACUAUGUAUGUCAAUGUUUAGCAUGUAAUUUAUUUUAAGUCUGCAUGGUGCUUAAGAAUACGAGUAUGUGCUAUUACUUUUCAAUUUUAUUGAACUAGUUUUAGAUGAUAUAUCGAAAACAAAUUAUGACUUUCAAAUCAUGUCAUAAUUUUUAUAGUAAUAUUAGAAAUAUUGUUAUAUUAUAAUUAUAAGCUGUGAUAAAGCAAUGCAUAUUAUUGGUAGAAUAAGUCUACAAUAAAUUAAGAGUCGAAUCUGUUUAUGAUAUAAAUUAACCUUUACGAUUAGAUGAAUUACUUUAAAAUAUUGUCGUUUAAACAUCUUUCUUUCAAAUUAUACAUUAUUAAUAUAUUAUAAGAAUUUAAAAAAGGUUUCAUUAAAACGUUUUUUAACUUUUUUCUAAAUUAAGUAUUAUUAAAUCUUAGGAGUCUGUUCGAUUGACAAAGUUAUUAAUUAUAUUUGCAAUUCCCUGUCGAAUAGUUUAAGAUUAUUGAUUAGAUAUUCUUUGUAAAUAUUAUUAGCACUACUUAUUUAUUGCUUGUAGAUUGGUGACUUAAUUUUUUUUUUACAUAUGUAAAAGGCAUUGUACUUAUAAUAACCUUCCAAACUUCGUUCUGUCUCAAGACCUGGUAAAUCACCUAUAUUAUCCUGGAGAAUUAUUUACAUGGGACAACAGUGACAACCCAGUGAUAUUCUUAUAGUUAUUCUAUACAGAUUAGAAAAAUGGUACUCUAUUAAUCUGUCACACCAUAUGAUGUCAUAGUUUGCUUAUUGCUAACCCAUUACUUCUUUUGAGUUUUUAUAUAAAUAACUUUAAAAUAACUUCGGAAAAUAAAUUUACAUGAUCUUGUUUCAUCAUAAAUAUAAUCAGAGUAAUUAUGUUAUAAAUUUAAGCAGAAAUCCAAAGUAACGUCAUAAUACCAUAAUUAUAAUGCCGUAGUUAUAAUGCCGUAGGUAUAAUGCCGUAGGUAUAGACCGUAAUUAUAAGUUAUUAUUAAAUAAUUACAUCGAAGAAAGAAAUUACAUUUUGCUUAACAAUAGCUGUUAAAAUUAUUUUAUAGUGUAAAUAGCGAUAGGAAGUGUUUAUUUGUAAUAUUGCACUAAGUUUUUUUUUUGUAAUUUUUAUACUAAAAUAAAUAU